UUUAACUUACAACAAUUUGACUUUCAGAGAACCCACUACCUUUACAUUAGCAUUAACAUUUUGAUGAUCCAACUAUGUGACAAGUUGGUAAGAUGAUUCUCUUUAUCGUCUGUUCCUUCAAAAGCAGGUGGGAUUUAAAAUAAGCCUUUAUGGUUAAUGUUAACCUCUGGUGAAAGAAUCCUCCCAUUUUAAUGAAGAUUUAUCAGAUUUAUUUUACAAUUACAUUCAAAUUGUUUCUACAGUUAUCUCCAAUCUCCAAGACGAUUGGGUUCUGCAAGUGUCUCAGCACGAUUUCAAAGAGAACAUGUGAAACUUCCCCCAACUUCGAGUCGGGCAAUGAUGGGUUAGUAAACUUCGAGAACACAAGGACAUUCUGCUGGCGGAGAGUAGAUUCUGCUAUUCCUUCAAUACCUCAAAUUGAAAAUAGAGAAUUCUGUGAAAGUGACAGUAAUGUUUCUUCUUCUACUUCUUUGGUUUCUAACUCCACUUCAACUGAACAUAUGUAUAGAGGGGAACCGAUAAUGGCAUUAACUGUGGGUGAAGAAAUGAUAGACAAGAAUGCAAAUCCUAGCUCAAUGAGCGAGCAUUUAAACCAAACUCUUAGUUUUGGCCUGUCGGAAGUGGUUGGCAUGUCGGCUGAGAAGGAUUCUAAUCUAGAUGGGGCAGAAUCUUCUGCCUUACCCUUUGUCAGAAUCUUGGGAUAGAGUGAAGGAGGCAUUUGCACCUACACUUACGAGUAUCAUUAAGAACUAUGGAGAUAUAGCUGCAAAUUGUUUUAUGAAAACACCAGAAGGUCGUUCCUUGGCAUUGGAGAAUCUUUCUGGAUUAAUUCAAACAUUUCAAGCAGAAAAAUUUUGUGAGCUUCCUCAACUUGAAAUUCAAAAGGCAAUUGCUCUAGUUGAUGAUUUCAGAAUUGCAGGUUUGGACGUUGAUUGGCUGCAGGAAAGGUUGAAUGACAUGUUGGACGCGAAACAAUUGAUUGGACAGUCUUCAACCUUAAAGGAGAGGAUUGAUAAAAGUAAUCAAGUCAUCAAGGAGAAGAAGAGAGAGUUACAAGUUUAUGAACCACAACUAUCGUGCUUCGAGAAAAAGUGAAUUUAACAAAGAAGAAACUGGCUGCAGGACAAGCUGAGGUUGAAACUAUACGAGAAAAAAUCUCAAACACUAAAGGCUAAAGUGAGAUACUUUGUUGAUCAUUCACCAUUUGAUGGCCUCUUCUGAUUUAUAUAUUUUCCCUUAUAUGCACACUAGUAAAACAGAGAUAUUCCAUACUUAUCUACUCUGAGAUGAACUUGAAAUGCACUUCUAUUUUGGAAUAUUUCUAUUAACAAGUUAUUUUUGAGACCUUUUCUGGAACCGUGUAGAACAUAAAUUUGAAGGAUUAAGAUUUUUCUAGCCAAAGGAAUUUUGCUAUGCUAGUGUAAAUUUUAUGUU